AUGUGGGUGGUGACUAACUACGAACGGCUGGUGUGGACGGCCCGACAUCCGGAAUAUUUUUCCUCCGAAGUUGCGCUGCGCGAUACCGCCCCGCCGUCUCCGUCCAUUCCGGAAGAGGACAUGGAACUGUUUGGCGCCGUGAGGCAGUGGCUCGCCGCCCGUUUCACUCAGAACGACGGCGCCGCGCACAAGGAAAAGCGCAAGGUGGUGCACGGUUUCUUCACGCCCAAGGCGAUGGAAACCUGGCGUCCGCUGGUGCGUCAAACCGUCAGUGAUUUGCUAGACGAUUUACAGGGCGCGGGCCGCAUGGACGUUAUGCACGAUUUCGCCACGCCGCUCACCUACAGCAUUAUCGCCGGCCUGAUGGACAUACCGGAGAGCGACCGCGCGUUCGUGAAGGAACUUUCGAGUCAGAUGUGCGGCUUCGACGGCAAUGACCCCAAUCGCAUCCGCAAUUUCGCCGCCGGCGUGCAGGCCGUAACCGACUACCUGGCUCCCAUCGUGGCCGAGCGGGUGCGGGACCCCGCCGACGACCUGCUGUCGGUCAUUUGCAAGGGCGAAAUAAUGGGCGCCUACACUCGCGAUGAGGUGUUGGCCAAUGCCCUGCUGCUGCUGGUCGCCGGCCACGAAACUACCAACGACCUGAUCUCCAACGGCGUGCUGGCCUUCGCGCAGAAUGCCGACCAGUUUGACCUGCUACGUUCCGAUCCGGACACCCACGUGGUCAACGCGGUGGAAGAGGUUUUACGUUACGAUUCGCCCCUCAAAUCCAUCCAGCGCAUUGCCACCCAGGACGUGGACAUGGGAGACGGGCAGCGCGUGUGGAAAAACGACCGCGUUCGCUGGGUCAUCUCAUCCGCCAACCGGGAUCCGGAGGUCUUCGAGAAACCCGACGAUCUGGAUAUUGGUCGCAACCCCAAUCCCCACGUAUCCUUCGGCAGCGGUGUCCAUCACUGCCUGGGCGCCACGCUGGCCCGCCUGGAAGGACAGGAAGCCUUCGCCGAGCUGGCGCGUCGCUACGAGGGUUUCCAACUGGAAUGCGAUGCCGCCGAACUGGAAUACUUGCCCAGCGUGGGCCAGCGCACUUUGCUAAACCUACCGGUUGACACCCGCUAG